GGACUUGUUAUUCAUCGCCCGUAAAUCUCUACAUAAAGCCCACAUUUUAUAAUUUUUUGACAAAUUUGCCCUUUUUAUAAUUUUAACCGAAGAUAAAUUUUUCGCACUAAAAAAAUGUGGAGCAGCACCGGAUCGCCGAGGAUCACCGGAGAAUCGCCGUCGUCAUCGGAAAACGAGGAUUAUGGUGGAGACGGAAAUGAUUACAGUGGGAUUUUUGUACAUGAUGGCCUGUUCGAAGAUGCUCAACAAGCGAUUGAUUGGGCAAAACAGGUUGCAAUUAGAUCAGGCUUUUGUUUAGUAGUAGCAACUCAUAAAUCUCAACGGGAUGGUAGAAUGGAUCGCAUUUUGAGAUGCGACCGUUAUCGCAAAAGAGAAGAACGAGAUUUCAGUAAAGCGAUUCGGCUUGACUCAAAGCGGAAAGGUUGUGGGUGUCAGUUCCGAGUUAAGGUUCGACAACAUCAAAGGCGUGACGGUUGGGAAGUGAAGGGUUACGGCAAAUGGGGAUAUCACAACCAUGAGCUGAUAGCAUACAAAGUGGGGCAUCGGCAGUUAAGCGGCCUAAGUCCAGCUGCGAAACUAGUUGUAAAAGAAAUGAGUGAUGCUCAAGUGAAGCCCGCUAAAAUAUUAGCGUCUGUGUUAGAGAAAUUCCCCGAAGACCAGCCAAACCGAAGACACAUCUACAACGUCAGACAGAAAUUGAGGUUUGAACGGUCAGAGGGAAGGAACCCUAUACAGCAGCUUCUGCACCAGGCACAAGCACGUGGUUACCUUUACUGGUUUGAAUCUGACGAAGACACAUCGGAGGUAACUCAUUUGUUCCUUGUCCAUCCUGAUUGUGCUGAUAUGAUUUCGUCUUGGCCAUCUGUGAUUUUGAUCGAUUCAACGUACAAGACAAACAAGUACAAGUUCCCACUGGUUGAGAUGGUUGGGAUGGCUCCAACGAACCAGAACUUUCUGAUUGGUUAUGCAGUCAUGAAGGAUGAGACGGCUGCGAGUUACCGUUGGGUGUUGGAAAAGUUGAGAAACUACAUCGGCCCAAAUGUACAGCCAUCGGCCAUCGUAAGUGAUUGUGAGGGAGGUCUUUUUGCCCCUAUAGCGGAGCUGUUUCCGGAGUCGAGUCAUUUACUGUGCAUAUGGCACAUCAACAACUGCGUGAAAGUCAAAGCCUACAAUCUUUUCAACAAGAAUUUAGUAACAGCAGAGACAUUGGUAAAUGGUAAGUGGCGGAAGAUCAUUUAG